AUGCUGGAGCCUGUCCGCUGGCACGGCGCGCUCUAUUUCGCUCUUGACGAUGAAAUGGCGAGCGUGCGCGCAGCCGCGUGGCACGUUCUCCUGAGCGGCACGCGGAGGCGGGAGCUGAAGUACAGCAAGGCCCUGGAGGGUAUCUUUCAGCGCCUGGCAGCUCUGGCUACAAUGUGCUUGAGCGACGACGACAGCUGCGUUCGCGAGGCCGCCGCCGAGAUGCUGAUGGAUCUGAUGCGCACUCACAGCGUUGCCCUGCGCUGGAGGGUCGAGGGCGAGAAGCUGACGAAGGAUUCCGUCGAGCUGCCGAGCGUGCUGCAGGCGUUCCACUCGGACCGCUCGCUGGUGCUGAGGCUGCUGUGCGAGGCGCGCUUCGGGGACGGCUACGCCCUCGAGAGGGCCAUCGCGUUCCUGCUGGAGGCCGGCGACUCUGCGCGCGGUGCCGACGAGGGGCUCCUCAGAGAGGCGCUGAGGCGGCUGGGGCGCAAGCACGCGCGCGCCCUGGAGCCGGCGGACGCCUCCGGGUGCGCCGGCCGCCGCGUGGGCGGCGGCCAGUGCCGGGCCCUGGGCCACAGGCUGUUCCUCGAGACCGCGAGGGCGAGCCAGACGGCGGGCGCCUCCCUGGCCGCGGCGGGGGACAUGGACAUGGGCGUGGCGCCGCUGCACCUCAACAGCCUCCGGGUCGAGCGGCUCCGCGAGCUGCUGCGCGCCGCCGCCGGGGAGCGCCCCGCGCUCUGCAGCUGCAUCCCAGGCAUCGACCCCGGGCCGGCGAGCGCCGGCGGCGGCAGAGCGGGGGCCACCUCCGUCGCGGCGUGGGCGGCGUGCCUGGCAGACUGCUACGCGGGCGUGCGCCACGGGUCGGGCGGCGGGGGCGUCGCCCCCCCGCCGCGAGGUUGCCUGCGCAGGUUGCGGCACCUGCGACGCGCCUGCCUGCGCGCCGCCCGCCGCUCCAGCGGUGACGAGGUCUGCUGGGAGGGGCACCUCCGCGCUGUCGCCGCCUGGGCGGAGCUGCUGCUGGCCGCGGCGGAGGCGCUCGCGCACUGCGAGGACGGAGACGCCGAGGUGCUGCUGCGGCACGGCUCCCGCGUGCACGUCGCCACUUCGCGGCUCAUGCACUGCUUCCGCUGGCAUGGCGCGCCCUCGGGCUUCCCCCAGGUCCUGCUCGCGUUCCGGCUGCUCUCCCUGCGCCUCCUGGCGCCCUGCGAGGGCUUCUCUGGCGACCUGGCCAGGUGCUGCAGCGAGCUCGGCGCCGGCCCCGGCGAGGCUGCAGGCGCCGCCAGACGAGCCCCCGCCGCCUUCCUGCCAGAGCUCUCCCGGGCCUACUUCCAGGGCGUCCUCGGCCCCGAGGCCCGCGUCGAGGCGCACGAGUGCCACGUCUGCGGCGCGGAGGGCGCCGGCCGGCCGCGCGCGCUCGGGGCGGCGGCUGCCGCUGCGGAGGGGGGUGCCGAGGCGGGGUGCAGGGAGGAGGCGCCGGAGCCCGUGCUGCCGGUGCGCUUCUCGGCCGCGCUGGGCGGCAGGCUCGUGGUGCGCGUGGCGACCAGCGUGCGGGGAGGCCUCGCCCUGCGGCUCGAGUACCCGUGCGUGGCGGGCGGCGGGGCCGGCCCGGGGCACCUGCAGAGCACCGUCGCCGUGCCCCUGCCCGACGCCGAGUGCGGCAGGAGGUCGGGCUUGGAAGGCUCUGCCCCCCGGCGCUGCGAGGUGCGGUGCGAGGUGCCCCUCGGCUUCCCCUGUGCGCUGGAGGAGCCAGGCCUGGCCCUGUCGCUGCAGCCGGUGCUGAGCGUGGACGGCUGCGCGGGCGCGGGCGGCGUCGCCGGCGGGGGCGCGGGGCUGCUCGCGCGGCGCGGCCGCGUGUACGAGGAGGUGAACGUGCUGCCUCUCGGGGCGCCCGUCAGGGUGCUGUUCACAGCCACGGCGCCCGCCCGCCUCGGACUCGGCCGCGGCGGCGCCGCGCAGCGGGCAGGGGAGGUCAAUCAGCCGUGA